AUGGUUGACAAGGUUUCAUCUGGCGAACAGUGCGAGGAUUUUGGUCGUGAAAAUUUAGAGCUCAGUAAAGAUUUAGAGAGGAUGACCGAGCAGAUGGAGAAUAUUUCAGUGAAUCUGACUUGGAUGGCAUACGACAUGGUGGUACUGAGGACUGAUCCUCAACUUGCAAAAUCCCUCAAGAAACUGGAGAAUGAGUUCGUCCAGUGUAAAGCUGUUAUCUGCGGCUCCAAAGACAAUCUAGUUGACCAGUGUACAAUUUCAGACUAA